AUGGCAACUGAGCCGUUUGGCAAACAUUCGGCCGGCUGGAGUCCUACUCGCCCAGCGUCGGAGUCGCCUUUCCAAGUCACAGAGGGCACCCCGUCAGAGAUGCUGGUGCGGUUUGGUAGGCGCUGUGGACGGGCGAAGGAAGGCACAGAAAUAAAGAACUCUGAAGAAGAUCAAGCUCUCUAUCCACCUCUUCUACCUAGCAAGGUAGAUCUCCAGCAGGUUACCAUAAUUCCACACAAUGAGUGGAAAAGGAUUCAAGAUAGCCUUGACAGUUUGACAAGAGAAGCGGCAUGUCUUCGUGCAGAAAGAAAGGCAAAGAAAGAAAUGCAUUUCCGGUCCCAAGAAGUGGUAAAGCAUUGGACUAAUACGUAUGCAGGGAUGAAAGAACAGAAACUCGAAGCCAAAAAGAAGCGUGAUGAAGAAAUAGAGGCAGAAAGACAAAUUCUUGAUAUAGAGGAAGAAAUACACAAACAAGGAGAAAGAAAAAAGGCUAUUGAAUUUGCAAAGCAAUAUCAAUUUUACCAGACAGAAAGAGUGAAACACUUUCAUUCAGGACUUCUUCUUAGUAGAGUUAUGAAAGAACGUGAUGCACAGAUUGAAUUCCAAAAGAAAAAAAUAAAAUCAGAUAAAAAAUGGGAAGAACAAUUGAAACUCAGCAUUGAAAAAGCUUUUAAAGAAGAACAAGAAAGAGCAGAAAAACGACGCAGAGAUAGAAUGGCUCUUGCCAAUGAUCAUUUAAAACAAAUCAAGGAACAUAAAGAGGAAGAAGAAAGAAGGAGAGAACAUGAAGAAAAGGAUGCUAAGGAAAUAAAGCGACAAAAUGCAUUAUAUGAAAUAGAAAUGAGGAAAAAACUAGAAAAGAAAAAAGAAGAGAUAAAUGAAAGCAGAAGACUGUUUUUUGAACAUAUGAAUGACAAAAAUAUCAUCAAAGCUGUAGAACGGCAGCAGCAAGAGGAGGAAGAUGAAAAGAUUAGAAAAUUUAUCAAAGCAAAAAAGCGUCUUACACAAAUAGGAAAAGAAAAAGAAGCUGAAACACACAGGCUAAUGGAAGAAAGGAGAGAAAGAAUAAAUAACUUCCUGAGUGAACUAAUAAAAGAGAAACUUGACAAUGAAGAUUUGAUUAUUGCUAGAGAUACUGCAGAAGCUGAGGCUGAAUGGGAAAAAAGAGAAAAAGAAAAAUAUGAAAAAAACAAAGCAGAAUUAAAAGCGAUUGCAGAAUAUAGAGCUGUUGUGAUGAAAAAUAAAGAGGAAGAAGAAAGACAGAGGAAACAAGAGGAUAAAGAACAAUUGCUGGCUAUCCUGAAAGCAGAUCGGAUUUUCCAGGAGCAUGAAAAGGAGAAAAAACGCAAAGCUGAUAAAGAACGACAAGAAGUUCGAGAUGCCCAUAUUCAGCAAAUGGCCAAAAAUAAAUUGAACACGAAGCAAGAAAAACAAGCAGAAUUAGAGUAUUGCAGACUUAAUGAAGCUCUUGUGGCUGAAAAGGAGAAGGAAUUUCAGGAUUAUGCCAGAGAAGUAAUUGAACUUGAGUCUGAAUCAACAAAUAAAUAUAUUUAUCCUCUUGUAAAAGCUGUACAGGAAGGACAUGGAGGUGGCCGUGGACCAGUUUUUGUGAACAGAGGUGGAUUAAGACCCCGUUAUCAGGCAAAUGACGGCGCUGGAGUCCAGCUCCCUUUCUGUAACUCUCAGGGAUCAAAAUAUAGUAAUUUUCAAAAGUCUAAGGGAAGGCUAGGUUUUACAUGGUAGAAAAAAAGUUUAUUUUUGAGAUUGAGAAGACUAAGUUGUAGCUAAUAUUAUGAGCUACAAAUAAGUGAAUUUUAUGCUUAUAAUUUGUUAAUAAAGCUGCUCUUCGUCUAAGUGCAA